AAGAUGAAAGAAGGGGUGUGAGGGAGGAAGAAAAGAGGGAGGGAAGGGAGGACUGAGAGGAGAACGUCUAGAAAAUAAACUCCUUCACUCACUCACUCACUCACUCACUCCUUCUCAGCUAGUGGUGUCCAGGACUGCAACACUGUUUGUCACCAGGUUGGACUCUCCAGAUACGAUGAUACGCAUCGUGAGCCUCUGCUUGAGCGCGCUCCUCCUGCUCGCACUCUGCCAGCCGGGAGAGCCACAGCGGCAGACCUCAGCGCGCCGCUCAGCCCGCGCUCCUACCGCCAAAGUGCGUCUGGCGGGGAAUAGUGCACGAGAAGUGAACGAGGGACGAGUGGAGGUGCUGCACAACAACACGUGGGGAACUGUUUGCGAUGACGAGGUGGACAUCAAGCUGGCCAAUGUGGUGUGCCGCGAGCUGGGCUUCCAGACUGGAAUCACGUGGGCACACAGCGCCAAGUAUGGUCAAGGAGAAGGCCCCAUAUGGAUGGACAACGUGCGCUGCGAGGGCUCGGAGGCGUCCCUGAGCGACUGUAAUCACAACGGCUGGGGGGUGAACGACUGCAAACACAAAGAGGACCUGGGCGUGGUGUGCACCCCCGAGCGCCGGCUGGACCCCACGGCCGCCAGGGCCAACUCCGUGGCCCUGCGGCCCCACGUCAGCCCCUCGCCCCACUGGCAGAGCAUCCUGGCCAGCCGCCGGAACCCCUACCAGGGCUACUACGGCAACGGGCACCCCCAGGAGCUGCCCCGGUUCCACCGGCCCCCGCACCACUACCAGCGCCAGAGCCGGGUCCAGAUCGAGGAGGUCCGUUUGCGGCCGAUCCUCAUGGCCACAAAGAAGAAGACGCUGGUCACGGAGGGAGUGGUGGAAGUGAAGCAUGCUGGGAGAUGGAGGCAGGUGUGUGACCUGGGCUGGAACCUCAACAGCAGCAGAGUGGUGUGUGGGAUGCUGGGCUUCCCCCAGGCCACCCAGCACAACAUAAAGACCUACAAGAAAAUCUGGGACACCAAGGUCGCCGAUCCCUCCACCAGACUGAGCAUCAUGUCGAAGAAGAAGGGCUUCUGGGUGGAAAAGGUGCAUUGCAUGGGCACUGAGAACAGCUUAUCAGAGUGCCAGACGCAGCUGUCCAUCGCCCGAAGCCCCUCCCCUUGCAAGAACGGCAGGCAUGCGGUGGCCAAGUGUGUAGCGGGACCCCAGUUCGCACGCAUGUCCUCUGGAAGGCCGCAGGCCCCCGACCCCAUCGUGCCCGUGCGUCUGAAGGCAGGGCCCAGGCUUGGUGAGGGUCGUGUUGAGGUCCUGAAGGAAGGGAAAUGGGGCACCAUCGUGGACCACCUGUGGGACAGGACAGCGGCCAGCGUGGUAUGCAGGGAGUUGGGCUUCGGAACCGCCAAGGAGGCCCUGAACGGAGCCUUCAUGGGCCAAGGUACGGGCCCCAUCCACAUGAACUCUGUCCAGUGUCUUGGGAUGGAGAGAUCCAUCCUGGACUGCUUCUACCAGGAAGUCCCCCUGUGGACGUUCAAACACAACCGGGACUCUUCAGUGCGCUGCAACAUUCCUAAGACGGGCACGGAGCCAACGGUGCGCUUGUCUGGGGGCCGCCUUCCAGGGGAGGGCCGUCUGGAGGUGUUGGUGGAGGUGGACGGCCGGAAGCGCUGGGGGUCCGUCUGCAGUGAGAGCUGGGGCAUCAACGAGGCCAUGGUGGUCUGCCGUCAGCUGGGGCUGGGCUUCGCCUCCAGUGCCCACCAGGAGACCUGGUACUGGACCGGGGACCCUACCGCGGCCGAGCUGGUGCUCAGUGGGACGCACUGCGUGGGCACCGAGCUGUCCCUCCAGCAGUGUCGCCGCAACACCCAGCUGCACUGUCCGCGAGGAGGCGGGACCAAGGCGGCGGGCGUCACCUGUUCAGAGACCGCCCCGGACCUGGUGCUGGACGCCCAGCUGGUGCAGGAGACGGCCUACCUGGAGGACAGACCGCUGCACCUGCUGAGCUGCGCCAACGAGGAGAGCUGCCUGUCGUCGUCGGCGGCGCUGAUGACCUGGCCCCACGGCCACCGCCGCCUGCUGCGCUUCUCCUCCCGCAUCAUGAACCUGGGCCGCUCCGACUUCAGGCCCAAGGCCACCCGGGAGAGCUGGACCUGGCACCAGUGUCACAGGCAUUACCACAGCAUCGAGGUGUUCACACACUACGACCUGCUGACCCUCAACGGGACCAGAGUGGCUGAGGGACACAAGGCCAGCUUCUGCCUGGAGGACACCUACUGCCCCGAGGGCCAGCAGAAGCGCUUCUCCUGCUACAACAUGGGCGACCAGGGGAUCUCGGUGGGCUGCUGGGACACCUACCGCCACGACAUCGACUGCCAGUGGGUGGACGUGACGGACGUGAAGCCAGGGGACUACAUCUUCCAGGUGGAGGUGAACCCGGCUCUGGACAUGGCUGAGUCCGACUUCAUGAACAACGCCAUGAGGUGCCGGUGCAAGUACGACGGCCAGAGGGCGUACAUGUACGGCUGCCACGCAGGCGAUGCAUACAGUGCUGAGAAUGAGGACCUGUUUGAGCACCAGAGGCAGAUCACCAACAACUUUGUGUAG